AUGGCUCAUACAAUGAGCUGGCGAGCUUUGACGGCAAUCGCUCUCACAGCCAUCACCGUCUCUGCAUAUCCCUUCCAAUCAUACAACCAUGUCGCUCGUUCAAACAAACACGUCUACUGUCCUCUAUCCGAACUCUGCACAUGGGAAGUCUGUACUAGCACUACCAUCGGUCUUGAUCCUAAGAACUGUGGUGCGUAUGGCAACUCGUGCGAGGCCGGAGAGAUCUGCAUCGCUGGAGAGUGCUACCCCUUAGAUUUCGGAAACAACAAGUGCGACACCACAUGUGAGCCUGGUCAGUGGUGCAAUGAUGGCAAAUGUGUUGCCAUUGAGAUUGCAGCCAACUCUCGCAUCUGUGGUAAAGACCACAAAGACUGCGGUGCAGGAGCAGUCUGCAUCAACGGACAAUGCCAAACACUCGACAUCGACCCCGAAUCCAAAUCAUGCGGCCCCAAAAAGGUUGCUUGCGAUGCAGGAACCUGGUGUCUCGACGACUCUUGCAUCCCAUUCAUCCUCGGAACAUACCCUCAAACCUGCGACAAAAAGACCCCAUGCCCUCUUGGCUCAUCCUGUCAUCAUGGGCAAUGCCAACAAAUUUCUAUCUCGGCCGAUGUUUACAAGUGCGGCGAGUCUGCCAAGGGCUGUACCGCUGGCCAACUCUGUGUUUCUGGAUCUUGCCAGUUCCUCUCGUUCACAAAAGAGAAAGAACAAACUGACUCUUGCGGUUCAUCUCAUGGACCUUGUGAUCCCGGCUUCUUUUGCUAUGAGCACGAGUGCCUGCCUAUCAGUAUCUCAACCGAUGGCUCCAAGUGUGGCAAGAUCAAGAAAGGAUGUGGCGCGGAUGAGAUUUGCAUCUCUGGAAUCUGUACCACUAACCUCUUCCGAGAGGCUGAAGCAUCUGUAACUGUCUGCACUGGUGACUCCUCAGGAUCCAGUGGCCGCCCACAGGGACCAAACUGCCCCUCUUGUUCUGGAGGCAAGUCAUCUGACCAAGGCUCUCAAGGCAAAGGGGGUUCUUCACGAAAAGGUGGCUCUGGUGGCCAGGGCACUUCUGGCGGAUCCUACGAAAACGGUGGGUCUUCUGGACGCCCUGGUGGUAAGCCAAAUGGAAGUGGCUCAUCAGAAGGGGGCUAUUACAACGAGGGCGGGUACUAUGUGGAUGGCUCUGGCAAGCCCCAGUACGGUGAUGGUAAUGGCUACUAUCCCGGAACAGGCUCUGGACGUCCCGGUUCCGGCUACGGCCCUGGAUCUCGCCCAGGUUCACGUCCAGGCUCCGGAUCUGGCGGCAAGGGAGGUGCCAACAACUUCGGGCCUGGUCGCCCAGGCCCAGGCAGUGAUGGUAACGGCUCCCCCACCCCAGCCUGCGAUCCCGACUGUUCCUCCAAUGAGAUUUGCGUUGGGGGAGAAUGUCUUACCGUCUCCGAUCCUCUAACUUGUGGUCCCUCUUCCGGUCUAUCACGUCGCCAAACCGUGGAAUGCCCACCAGGUUUCGCCUGUAUCGAUGAUCGUUGCGUCCCAGUCGACAGCCCUAUCAACUGCGGCGGAUCAAACUGUCCCAUCAACUAUGCUUGCAUCGAUGACGCUUGCGUGGCACUUGGUGAUCCCGCCAACUGUGGUGGGGAGGUCUGUGCCAGCGAUGAGAUCUGCUUGGCUGAGACUUGCACGUCGAACCCGGAUCUCGCCAGCUGCUUUGGCGUUGUCUGUCCCUCUGGGCAAAGAUGUCUAGCAGGUGAUUGUGUCCCAGCUCGUCCCGGCGUUGAUGGCAACCCUCAGGGUAACGGCGGUCGGCCUGGCGGUGGCAUCGGAGACGGAGACGGCCCUGAUGCUCAACCUACACGAGAUGGUGGUCGACCCGGUGAAGGGGACGGAAAUGGACCUGACGCUCAGCCAACUCGGGACAGCGGCCGUCCUGGCGGUGGGGAUGGAGACGGACCUGAUGCUCAGCCAACACGAGAUGGUGGUGACCCUGACGAUGAACCAUCACUAACUGUCACUGUUUCUGGAUCCGUCACAGUUAUCCCAAACCCCGAUGCUACAGACACAAGCGACGCUACAGACGGAUCUUCGGGCUCUACGACUGGCAUCAGCGGUCAGCCUGAGGGCAACGGCCGGACUUCGACCUUUGGUGUCAUCACUCAGGGCAGCACUACCAUCACGUUCCCCGUCAACCCUACUCAGACCGGCCUUGCCUGUUCAGUCGAUAGCGAUUGCAAUCUCUACGUGGAGGUGUGCGUUGUUGCUGGUGAUAAUGUCUGCAUUUGCAAGGAUCAGCUUUGUCUCGUUGACCCGGAUCUUACCCCAGGUGACCCGACCAGUACUGAGGAUAUCGGACCAGCCACUACAGACGACUUCCCUGCCCCACCAACUGGAACCUCAGUCUGCACUACUGAUGAUGAUUGUCUCGUUGAUAACGCCUGUCUCUUCAACGGCGAGAACAUUUGCCGCUGUGUUGAUGGAAUCUGCGUUCAACAACCCAUUACCGGAGACCCCCAAGGAAGACCUACCUCUGCCUCUACUGAAGGCCCUGAACUUACCACUCUCGAUGGGCCAGAUGGUGACCCGACAGCCACUGUUACGCUGACCGACGAUGAUGGUCCCGGAUUGACUACUCUUGACGGGCCUGACGGCGAACCAACUGCAACUGUUACUCUCACUGGGGACGAUGGCACAACUGACGGCCCUGAAGUGACUACACUUGAUGGGCCUGAUGGGGAACCAACUGCCACUGUCACUCUUACCGACGACGUUGAUACGACCGCCGAUGCUGAAGUAACAACCCUCGAUGGAACAGAUGGUGAGCCCACCGCAACCGUCACUCUCACAGCGACCGAGCCAGCGGCCACAGAGACCGAAUUUCCAUGCACCACAGACGACGACUGUUUGGCCCAGCUUGGCCUUUGCACCACCGAUGGUCUCGUCAAUCUCUGUGUCUGCGUUGACGCAGUCUGUGUUCUUCCUGAUCUCGCUACUGAGACUACAACUGCCAUUGAUGGUGAGGAAACAGAUGCUGCUACCACCACCAACGGAGAAGUCGCACCCACACCCACUACUGCAUGCGACACAGCUGAUGACUGCGCUGCCAACGCCGAGCUUUGUCUCAUCGGCCUCGUCAACAUCUGUCUUUGUGUUGACGCUGUCUGUGUUGUUAACCCCGACGGCGAUGCUACUACAACUGGAGUUACGCCGACAGAGACAGCCACCGCUUGUUCUUCAGCCGAUGACUGUGCUAUCAACGCGGAUCUCUGUCUGGACGGUCUUCUCAACAUCUGUCUCUGUAUCGAUGGUGUCUGCAUCGCUGCACCCGACGGUGAUGCGACUACGACGGCAGUGGUGCCCACAGAAACAGCUACAACUCCUUGUACAUCGAACGAUGACUGUCUAGUCGACGUUGAUCUCUGUGUCAUCGCGGGAAUUAAUCUCUGUGUUUGUACGGAUGCUAUUUGUGUCCCCGGCGUUGGACCGGGAGAUGGAGAUGAUGGUUCUACUUGCACAGACGACAGCGACUGCACCAACCCAGGAUCUAUAUGCCUCGACAGUGGUAUUUGCGGACCUGAUCCUAACGAUCCGGACACGACGCCUUGCACUACAGCUGACGACUGCCUGACGAAUGUUGGCCUCUGUGUGGAUGGACUCCUGAACCUCUGUGUCUGUGUCGAUGCUGUCUGCCUGGUUCCAGGCGGCGGCCCAGGGGCUGGCGGUGAUGGGUCUGCUUGUACUGGGGACGAUGAUUGUACUACGGCCGGUUCAAUCUGUCUUGACAGUGGCGUUUGUGGGCCUGACCCCGAUGGUCCCGGUGCAACUGCUUGCGACACUGCUGCUGAUUGCACAGUCAACGCCGGUCUAUGCCUCGACGGACUACUAAACAUCUGUCUCUGUGUUGAUAGUGUCUGUGUGGCUGUUCCUGGAGGAGGCGGCAACGAUGGAGACGCAUGCGCCGAGGAUGACGAUUGCACCAGCCCAGGCUCCGUGUGCUUGGAUACUAAUGUAUGCGGACCUGACAAUGCUGGUACGGCCUGCAACACCGCUGAUGACUGCACUGCCAACGCUGGUCUUUGCCUCUCUCCCUUGGGCAUCAAUCUCUGUGUAUGCCUCAACGCCGUCUGUGUGGCAGGGCCUGGGGGAGCUGGCAAUGACGGGGAUCCCUGUACAGAUGAUACUGACUGUACUAGUUCGGGAUCUAUAUGCCUGGAUAGUGGUGUUUGUGGUCCUGACCCUGACAAUACUGGUACGGCUUGCAACACCGCUGAUGACUGCACUGCCGACGCCGGUCUUUGCCUCUCUCCCUUGGGCAUCAACCUCUGCGUAUGCCUCAACGCCGUCUGUGUUGCAGGACCUGGAGGAGCCGGCAAUGACGGAGAUGCCUGUACCGACGACAGCGACUGCACCGCUACAGGAUCUAUAUGCUUGGAUGACGGCACCUGUGGCCCUGACCCUGGCAACACUGGAACGACUUGCAACACCGCUGGUGACUGUACCGCCAACGCUGGUCUUUGUCUCUCACCCCUAGGCAUUAACCUCUGUCUCUGUGUCAAUUCUCUCUGUGUAGCAGCACCCGGAGGAGGCGGUAACGACGGAGAUGCCUGUACCGACGACAGCGACUGCACCGCUACAGGCUCUAUAUGCUUGGGUAGCGGUACUUGUGGACCUGACCCCAAUGACGGUGGCGCAAACUCUUGCAAUGCAGCAUCUGACUGUACUGCCAACGCUGGUCUUUGCCUCAGUCCUCUUGGUAUCAAUCUCUGUCUCUGUGUCAAUUCUGUUUGCAUUGUUUCCGGCGGUGGCGGCGGCGGUGGUGGUAACGAUGGCGAUGCCUGCUCAGUUGAUGCUGACUGCACAACUGCUGGAUCAGAGUGUAACAACAGUGUGUGUGGUCCACCGACCACAGGCGGCUCAAACUCUUGCAAUGCAGCUUCUGACUGUACUGCCAACGCUGGUCUUUGCCUUAGUCCCCUGGGCGUCAACCUCUGUCUCUGCAUCAAUUCUGUUUGCGUUGCUGGUGGUGGAGGUGGUGGAGGCAACAAUGGUGACGCCUGCAAUGCCAAUUCUGAUUGCACAACUGCUGGAUCACAAUGCAUUAACAAUGUCUGCGGCCCACCGGCCACAGGUGGUUCAAACUCUUGCAAUGCAGCCUCCGAUUGCACUGCAAACGCUGGUCUAUGCCUCAGUCCCCUUGGCAUCAACCUGUGUCUCUGCGUUAAUUCCGUCUGCAUUGUUUCUGGCGGCGGUGGUGGUGGAGGUAGUGGAGGCAAUAACGGUGACGCCUGCAAUGCCAACUCUGAUUGCACAACUGCUGGAUCGCAAUGCAUUAACAAUGUUUGCGGUCCUCCAGCCUCAGGUGGUGGAAGCAACAGUUGUACGAGAGCAUCUGACUGCACUGCCAACGCUGGUCUUUGCCUCAGUCCCCUAGGCAUCAACCUCUGCCUUUGCAUUAAUUCAAUUUGCGUCCGGUAA